UAGCACAUGCAAGCCUAGCUGUCUAUAUUAAUAACCGAAUAAGUCCGAUAAUACAAUAUUAUCACGACGUGAUAAACCGCUAUGGAAAUGCUAUCAAUGACACCAUCCUCUUCACUGAUCAUGCCAAAAUAUCGAACAAUCACGUGUACAGCACGUGUACAUGAUGGUGUCUAAUUACCGUCCGUGAUCUGGUCAGACGCCCAUUUUAGACCCUUGUGCGAGUUGUUUGAAUCUUAACCCCACAUAAUAUGUUGUACCAGCGAGAGCACUGUCUCUAAAAGUAAUCAAUUUACCCAAAUAACGGAAGCGUCCGUAUGAUUAGGCUAGGGAAAUAACAGCCCCCUCGGACACACGUGAGAUGGGAUCGAAUCACACUGGAAACCUCCACGCUGUCCGACAACACCGUCUAUUAAGUGACCUUGCUAGAAGCAUGAGUAAACCGGUAACCCUGACAUCAAUUCCCGCUACUCGUUGUUCCAGAGAAUUGGGCGCCGAUUUUGGUAACGUGUUUCGAUUGUUUGUUGGGACUAUGUAAGUUAUAGAUGACUUUGACUUGUAAGCCUGCGUACACGAGAUUGGUCUAGCAGUGUCAUACCACACGGAUCUAUUGGUACUACAGACUUGGAUUCUGGCAUCACACUGCAUAGGCACCAUGACGUCAUUCACUACGAUCCCGGAGUUUUACCAAGGCAGGUGUGUCUUCAUCACGGGGGCCACCGGCUUUAUGGGCAAGACUCUGCUAGAGAAGCUACUAAGGUCAUGUCCAGGAAUCCGACGGAUUUAUAUCCUCAUCAGACCUAAAAAGGGCAAAGAAGUCAGUCAGAGACUGGAGGAGCUACUCAACUCUAAAAUAUUCCAAUCAUUAAACAAGGAAAAUCGCGACUUCCGGUCAAAGAUAGUCCCAAUAACUGGAGACAUCGUCCAUGACAACCUGGGAAUAAGUACGGCGGACGAACACACACUGAUAGACGAGGUUUCUAUCGUCUUCCAUUCAGCGGCCACUGUCCGGUUUGACGAGGAGUUGAAGUUGUCCGUGGAAAUGAAUGUUUUGGGGGUGUUCAGAGUUAUUCAACUUUUGAAGAAACUUAAGCACCUUCAGGCCUUUCUGCACGUGUCUACGGCGUACGCGAACUGUCAUCGACGAACUGUAGAGGAACGUAUCUACGACCCUCCCCUACACCCACACAAACUACUAGACGCUGUGGAGUGGAUGGAGAGUGACGUUUUACAAAUACUGACCCCUAAGAUGAUUGGUGACCGGCCAAACACCUACACAUACACCAAGUCUAUAGCUGAGUACUUGGUCAAGGAAGAAUGUGCAGACAUCCCAACCGCCAUCUUCCGUCCGUCCAUCGUCUGUGCAACAUGGAACGAUCCUAUAGAGGGCUGGGUGGAUAACUAUAAUGGCCCCACUGGUAUCAUGGCAUCGCUAGGGACAGGAUUAUUGCGAGUGAUGCGAGGGGAUCGGCGUGCUGUUUCAGAUAUCAUCCCUGUCGAUAUGGCAUGUAGUAUGAUGAUAGCAGUCGCCUGGUACACUGGUACUCGCAGUCCAAAAGAAAUGAAAGUGUUCAAUUGUACGACGGGAUCCAUCAACAGUUUGACGUGGGGAGAGAUGGAGAUCUACACAAGACGAUACUCCAUAAAGAACCCGUUCAAUACAGUCACCAGAGUACCAAGCCUGAUGUUUACAAAAUGUGUGUUAUGGCAUGAUAUCAACGUGCUGUUUAAUCAAGUGCUGCCCUCUUACCUCUUGGAUAUGUAUAUGUGGAGUACUGGUAAAAAGCCCAUAUUCCGGAAAAUAGAAGACCGCCUCAGAAAAGCUACAGCAACACUAGAUUACUUCACAAACAAGGACUGGGAAUUCAAAUCUGAUAACUUACACAUGUUAUUGGCCGCUAUGACUCCAGAGGACCAACGGACUUUCGAUUUUGAUCCUCGGAGUAUAUCAUGGCCUAGUUACAUAGAAUCCUAUUGUCUGGGUAUCAAGUGUUACGUUAUGAAGGAAGAGCUAGCAGAACUGCCUAAGGCUCGAACAACACUCAAACGACUACAACGACUGAGUUUCGCUACCAAUGCACUAGUCAUCAUCAUUGUAUGGAGAAUUCUCAUUAAUCGAGUCAGCAUAGCGCGAUCAAUGUGGAACUUUCUCAUUCACUGGGUCGUCAAGUUCUUUAACUGUUUGCCGAAGAUUGCUAAGAUAGCAUAAACACGAACGGCUUCUUCAAUGUCAACAGAGGAGUUGUGUAACCGUCUGUAUCGUGUGUGAUGCACUUUAAAUGCAAUCGCGUAAUUUGAAAAGGUGGCAGCGGAAAACUAUUCUAAAGUUCACAGACGUUCAAACAUUAUUGGUACCCAUGAUAUUUUUACUUUUAUAUGUAACAGAGCGCAUGAUUAAUUAAAUCACUGCCUCCGCUAGGGAUCGAACCCGGGACCUCUGACCUACUAGUCUUACGCUCAACCGAUUGGGCUAGAUCUCUCUAGCCGAGCGGUAUAUUGCGGCUAGUACAUAUAUUUCAUUCCUUUUCACAAGUUUUCACCAAAAUAUUUUGUGGCUUGUUUUACAAUGAAAUUCGUGCAAUUUCACAAACGUUUAGAGAACUAUUUGCUCCUUUGUCCAAUAAUAUUUGUAUAAUUUCCGAAGCGGAUUUUAAGAGAUAUUGUACGUCACAAUAUUUUCAUCAAUGGUAUUUAUAAUUAAGAAUAAAGAACAAAACCACGUAAUACUUAAGUUACGGCGGUAUGGGGCAUACAACCGUCUAUUUAAGAAAAUUAAGCACGGGAAAAAGAUUUAACAAUUGGCUAGUAGUAUAUGAAAUUUCAUUUAAAAUUUCAUUAAAACAAAGUAAUAAUCAUUGAAUGAAAAUUGGUCAAAAUGAAUGAAAUAUAUAUUGUAAAAACAUCUUCAUGCUUCCCAAUAAUUUUUGUACCCGAUUGUAUAUAUUACAAGAUAAAUAUGGCGAUGUGACUUUAAAUGCAAAACUCACAGCAUGAAAUAAUUCGGAGGAAAACAUCAUACCCCGCUAACUGAUUAGGGGAUAUGUUGAUACUCUUUCAGUUUCUCGGAAUAAAUUAACGACGGUUGCACGAUCGGGACAUUGAAAGAGGAUAAAUUCUAUUUCUUUUUUGACAAUGAAGGUUAUAGAAAAUGGCGCAAAUGAACAUUCUGGAGCGUUGUGAUUGCAGUAUGCCAUCCUGUGCUACAGAAUUUCGAAUGACAAUUAAAGCUUUCCUCCGAUGGUAAAUAAUGAUCAACUUACAUACAGGCAUCAGGUGAUCUUAUUUAUUUGCUGUAAUAAUAAUUACGUCGUGUCACGUGAGCAGUUGGAAUGACGUACGAGUAGCAGUGAUUAUGGAAUAGACUUUUGCUGUGAUGUGCAAUGCAUUGCAGUAUUCGUAACAACUGGAUAUAAAGCACAAAUUUUAUCUUCAGAUACGUCGAUUGAGAUAUUGAUUCUGCGGAACGAUCGUUCUAAUAUGUAGCAUAUGGAUGGUAACAGCUGUACUGUUACAAGUGUGAAAUCUACCUCGGCCUAUAUUGUUGUUAGAAAAAUGGCUACACCUUUGUGACAACACGGAUUAACUACCUGUAAAUGAUGUACAGAUAUAUACAAUAACUACAAUGUGUAUUCACUAUCUACCACCACGAGUGUUCAUAGAAGAUACAAACCAACACGUGACCUCUAUGACAGCUGUACAGCUGUUUUAAGAAGUCCAUUGAUUGAUAGAAAUCUGACACGGCUGAUUAGAACAACCGACUGGAUUUGUGUGCAAAGAAUGUAUAUUUUAUAGAUAGCCAACCCAGGCAAUUAAGACAAACUUGAUAAGGACAUGAGGUCGAAAAUCUCGAUCUGUCUCUUGGAAACAAGAUCUACACAAAGAUACACAAAGUCCUGUUGUGUAUCUCGGUGAUAAGAUCUACAAUAUAGAGAACACAAAGUCCUGAUGUGUCUCUCGGUGAUAAGAUCUACAAUACAGCGAACACAAAGUCCUGAUGUGUCUCUCGGUAAUCAGAUCUACAAUACAGCGAACACAAAGUCUUGAUGUGUCUCGGUGAUAAGAUCUACAAUAUAGAGAACACAAAGUCCCGAUGUGUCUGUCGGUAAUCAGAUCUACAAUAUAGCGAACACAAAGUCCUGAUGUGUCUCUCGGUAAUCAGAUCUACAAUAUAGCGAACACAAAGUCCUGAUGUGUCUCUCGGUAAUAAGAUCUACAAUACAGCGAACACAAAGUCCUGAUGUGUCUCUCGGUAAUAAGAUCUACAAUACAGCGAACACAAAGUCCUGAUGUGUCUCUCGGUAAUCAGAUCUACAAUAUAGCGAACACAAAGUCCUGAUGUGUCUCUCGGUAAUCAAAUAUACAAUAUAGCGAACACAAAGUCCUGAUGUGUCUCUCGGUAAUCAGAUCUACAAUAUAGCGAACACAAAGUCCUGAUGUGUCUCUCGGUAAUAAGAUCUACAAUACAGCGAACACAAAGUCCUGAUGUGUCUCUCGGUAAUCAGAUCUACAAUAUAGCGAACACAAAGUCCUGAUGUGUCUCUCGGUAAUCAAAUCUACAAUAUAGCGUGCACAAAGUCCUGAUGUGUCUCUCGGUAAUAAGAUCUACAAUAUAGCGUGCACAAAGUCCCGAUGUGUCUCUCGGUAAUCAGAUCUACAAUAUAGCGAACACAAAGUCCUGAUGUGUCUCUCGGUAAUCAGAUCUACAAUAUAGCGAACACAAAGUCCUGAUGUGUCUCUCGGUAAUCAGAUCUACAAUAUAGCGAACACAAAGUCCUGAUGUGUCUCUCGGUGAUAAGAUCUACAAUAUAGCGAACACAAAGUCCUGAUGUGUCUCUCGGUAAUAAGAUUUACAAUAUAGCGAACACAAAGUCCUGAUGUGUCUCUCGGUAAUCAGAUCUACAAUAUAGCGAACACAAAGUCCUGAUGUGUCUCUCGGUAAUCAAAUCUACAAUAUAGCGAACACAAAGUCCUGAUGUGUCUCUCGGUAAUAUCAGGUUAAAAUUUACAAUACAGCGAACACAAAGUCCUGAUGUGUCUCUCGGUAAUCAGAUCUACAAUAUAGCGAACACAAAGUCCUGAUGUGUCUCUCGGUAAUAUCAGGUUAAAAUUUACAAUACAGCGAACACAAAGUCCUGAUGUGUCUCUCGGUAAUCAGAUGUACAAUAUAGCGAACACAAAGUCCUGAUGUGUCUCUCGGUAAUAUCAGGUUAAAAUUUACAAUACAGCGAACACAAAGUCCUGAUGUGUCUCUCGGUAAUCAGAUCUACAAUAUAGCGUGCACAAAGUCCUGAUGUGUCUCUCGGUAAUCAAAUUAACAAUAUAGCGAACACAAAGUCCUGAUGUGUCUCGGUAAUCAUAUCUACAAUAUAGCGAACACAAAGUCCUGAUGUGUCUCUCGGUAAUAAGAUCUACAAUACAGUGAACACAAAGUCUUGAUGUGUCUCUCGGUAAUAAGAUCUACAAUAUAGCGAACACAAAGUCCUGAUGUGUCUCUCGGUGAUAAGAUCUACAAUAUAGCGAACACAAAGUCCUGAUGUGUAUCUCGGUAAUAAGAUCUACAAUAUAGCGUGAACAAAGUCCUGAUGUGUCUCUCGGUAAUCAGAUCUACAAUAUAGCGUGCACAAAGUCCUGAUGUGUCUCUCGGUAAUCAAAUUUACAAUAUAGCGAACACAAAGUCCUGAUGUGUCUCGGUAAUCAUAUCUACAAUAUAGCGAACACAAAGUCCUGAUGUGUCUCUCGGUAAUAAGAUCUACAAUACAGUGAACACAAAGUCUUGAUGUGUCUCUCGGUAAUAAGAUCUACAAUAUAGCGAACACAAAGUCCUGAUUUGUCUCUCGGUGAUAAGAUCUACAAUAUAGCGAACACAAAGUCCUGAUGUGUAUCUCGGUAAUAAGAUCUACAAUAUAGCGUGAACAAAGUCCUGAUGUGUCUUUUGGAAACAAGAUCUACAAUACAGCGUGCACAGAGUCCUGAUGUGUCUCUCGGUAAUCAGAUCUUCAAUAUAGCGAGCACAAAGUCUUUAUGCUGUUCCGUAGCAAGACAGCAAGACCGUACCGAACACGUUUUGAACCCCCCAGCACAAUGUGCUGUCUAUCAUUGUUACUUAAACCUUCAUAAUUAUCGGUUCACGUUAUUCUUUUCGCGUGACAUUCCUAUCGUAUGACAACAGAUCGUCACUCUCUCUGUAACACGUGUAUUCUGGUGGUUUACAUCGCUUUUAUAGUCUAUUACGUAUUCGCACGAAAAUGAAUUGACUCGAUUUCGGUAAUCAAUGCAUCUAAGAUCUGAACAAUAAAAUAUUCUGAAAUCAAAUUUGUUAAACAGUUAUAUUGAUAUUGUGUAGAUUAGGAGUUACAUUAAAUUGCCAUGAACUACAAAUGUAUCUCUAUUAUUAAAUUACUUGAAUGCACCAGAUUGUUCCCGAGAGAUGGGUUACUUAUCGGAACAUGUAGCACCUAUCGGCUUAUUAUCAUUUUUCUCGUAGAUAAUAUUUUCGGAUCAUUUCAAUUGAAAUCCCCAGAGCUAUAGCUUGCCAAUAGUCAUUUGGCUGUUUUUGUUCAAUUUAGUCGUUUAUUAAGUUAUUUACAAUUUUAUAUUACAACAAAGAUAUUGUUUAUCACUUGUACUCCCAUAGAAAACGGCGUUUGUUUCUGCUUACUGAAUAUUUAGGAGUAUUUCAUGCAACAAUUUUCACUUGAAAACACAUAUGUAUUAUAUUCUACAAGUUAUAACUUUGUGUUUUCAAUAUAUAUUGUUAAGUAUUUUAAUUGAAUAUGACAGAAAGACCGGUUACUACAAAUCAUUUAAUUUUUACAACUAGUUUAAGUGAUGUUUUUUCGGCGAAUGUUUACAAGUGUGCCACGAAUGAAACAACGACCAUUUAAAAUUUAUCUAAAAAUGCGUUCCUAUGAUAUAUACCUCCCGAAAAAGGAAGUGAUUUACAGUAACCAGUGAAUCAGUCAGGUCUUUUAUAUAUGAAAAACAUACAUGUAAUGGCGAUGGAGUGAUGGUGUGGGUAUGUGUUCAUUCUUGUAUAUGUGUGCGUUUAGCUUCAUGUGCGAACAUAAUAUUGAUUCCAAUGCCUAAAUGCGUGUGUGAGGAUGUACAUGUGCAUGUCGUGUGUAUGUAACUGUGUACAGUGUGUAUUUGAGGGAUGGUGUGUGUGUGUGCAUAGAUGUAAGGUCUGUAUGACUUCAUGUGUGGGAAUAAGCGUGCAUGUACAGUAGAUAUAUAUCAUUUAAAAGAUUUGUGUAUGCAAUUUCACCUGUAUGUGCGUGAUGUAAAGUUUGUAUGCGCGUGUGUGAUAAGCAUGUCCGGACGAUCUGAUUAGUAUUGUGAUUAUUGUAAUCAUACAUAUUAAUGUACUUAAAGUACGCGAAGAUUUCAGGUAAAUGGUAUGCAUUAUUGUUAGAAAACGGUAUGGUGCAUUUUUAUUGUUACGAUGAAAUUCCACUUCAGAUUUUACAUUUAAAGUAUAACAUGAUUUCUAAAUACCAAUUGUUUUUCCAUAGACUUUCGUGUUAACGUUUUGGAGUAUAUCAUUAAAAUUCUUGAAUUCAA